AUGGUUUGGGAUAACCGCGGCCGUGGCAGCCAUCACAACAGGGGAAGCAGACGGAAACACCACAACGAUGGGCGCAGCAACAACGGCCAACAGGAUGACGGUGACCAGCAGAGCCAGCAGGAUCAACAUGAUCAGCAAAAUGAACACAAUCAGAAGAACAAGCCAAAACAACAGACCCAGCAAAACCAGCAGAACCAGCAGAACCAGCAGAACCAGCAGAACCAACAGAGCCACCAGAGCCACCAGAGCAGCAACGGCCAACAGAAUGGCAAAUUUACCAACAAUGGCCAAAACAAUAGCAAGGGCAGCAAUGCCAAAGUCGACUGGAACAGCAACGGCUGGGUCGGUAACAAUCAUAACAAAGGCAAAGGCAACGGCAAAAACGCUAGCCACUGUUGCAUCUGGCAAGAAGUGUCCCAAAAUCCUUAUCUAAGGCAAGUAUAUGGGCAUUUCUCCCAAUUUAUGGCGGACAACAAAAAGGCCUUCUGUCCAAGCUCACCCCCCUCGUCGUGCAACGUCAUCAUGGUCGAGGCACGACAGGAAAAGACGGCUUGGCAGGAAAAGGUCGAGCAAACCCCCAACGCAAGCAUGUUGCUGGACACCGAAGCGGGUAGGUUCCUCAGCCAAGCCCUGUAUGGAUACUUUGAGCCAUGUAUGAACGUGGAAGCUCUGAACGAGUCGUACAUGAUCGUGCAGCAGGACGUGACGGCACCCAGCUCACAGUUGGUGGGCAAAUACACGGUACGCUCCCGCAAUCCCUUCCUCCCCAAUGGGCCAAAGGAACUCUUCGUCCAGAUACAGAUCAAACUGCAGCCAAAGAAGGUGGAGAUGGUGAUAUCUCCGUGCGAUACUAAUGGGUUUAACUUUGAGGGUCCUGUAGGUGUGAUGAACAAGUACCGAAGGGAGCUCACCACCCCCGUUGACGGUUAUAAAGUCGUGGGCGAGCUUGAUGCAUCUCUCAAUGGGAUGUAUCUGUCCUUGAUCAUGGGACAGGCUGAAAGGGCGUGGGAGUACAUUUACUCCUCUCUUAUCAAGUGUCCCCAAUGA